AGAAAUUAGGGAAAAAGAAUUCUGUUCAUAGUCGAAACUAGAAAGAAAGAGAGAGAAGGUGAAGAAAGAACUUGACUGAAAGUCCAUUUCUGCAAUCAAGAGAUUGAAGAUGAAGGCAUUAGGUUGGUGGUUGAUGCUCGUAGGUUCACUUCGAUUGCUUUCCGUCUGGUUCGGAUUCUUCGAUAUAUGGGCCCUCCGUCUCGCCGUCUUCUCCAAAACCACCAUGACCGAAGUUCAUGGGAGGACAUUUGGUGUUUGGACGCUCUUGACAUGCACACUUUGUUUCUUGUGCGCGUUUAACCUCGAAAACAAGCCACUCUAUCUCGCAACCUUCUUGUCCUUUGUUUAUGCAUUUGGACAUUUCUUGUCUGAAUACCUUGUUUAUCAAACUAUGGCAAUUGCUAAUCUAACAACAGUCGGCAUCUUCGCAGGAACAUCGAUUGUAUGGAUGCUAUUGCAAUGGAAUACACACAAGCCGGCUGACUUAAAACGCGCCUAAUAAAACAUAAGUACAAUUCAUCUCUUUAUGUCUUUUUAGUUUUUACCAUUUCUAUUCUUGUAUUCUGCAUUCAUGUAUGGUUGGUUUUUCAUUAUUGAACUAGUUUAUUAAACAUAACA